AUGCCCCCGCCAACAACUCGUCGAGCAGCUGCCGCCGGUUCGCGUCGCGCCACCACGGCGACACCUACUUUUGAGAACAACGGACGCGCACCUCCCGCCGAUUCCUUCCUCCCGAUUGCCUCCGAGGCUGGCACGAAACGCAAGGAGCGGGAUUUUGACGACCCGGCGUCGACGACGCAUCGUGACUCGAUCGACGAAACGAAGAUAGACGUAUUUGUGCGGUGUCGCGGCAGGAAUGAGCGAGAGGUGCGAGAGAAUAGCGGCGUGGUGGUGAACACGGAUGGGGUGCAUGGAAAGACGGUGGAGCUGUCGAUGGGGCCGAAUGCCCUCAGCAAAAAGGCGUAUUCAUUUGAUGGGGUCUUUUCACCGAUGGCAGAUCAGCAGAUGGUCUUUGAUGAAGUUGUGACUCCUGUGUUAGCCGAGGUGCUCAAAGGCUUCAACUGCACAGUUUUUGCAUACGGACAGACUGGUACUGGGAAGACCUACACCAUGUACGGAAACAUUUCAGAUCACACUCUACUACCCGACGACGCUGGUAUCAUUCCUCGCGUGCUGGACUCCCUCUUUCGCGAGCUUGACUCUGUACCAAGUUCACCAACAAGCGAUGCUGCCCCUGAAAACUCUGUGAAAAUAUCAUUCAUCGAGCUAUACAACGAAGAACUUCGGGAUCUGCUUUCCGUCGAUGAUAAAGUCAACUUGAAAAUUUUCGAUGGAGAUAGCAAGCGAGGCGUGGCGACUGUUGUUCAGGGCAUGGAGGAACGGCACAUCACCAGCGCGAAAAGGGGUAUUGAGCUACUAAGAGAUGGCAACCUCAAGCGACAGGUCGCGGCUACGAAGUGCAACGAUCUCAGCUCUCGCAGUCAUACAAUCUUCACCAUCACGGCAUACGCUAAACGGCUGUCAGCCUCCGGCGAAGAGGUUGUAACCUCUGGAAAGUUGAACCUCGUUGAUCUCGCUGGAUCGGAGAAUAUUAGACGAUCUGGCGCGGAGAGAAAGCGAGCGGCAGAAGCUGGGCUUAUCAAUAGGAGUCUCCUCACAUUGGGUCGCGUCAUCAAUGCGCUUGUCGAUCGAUCAGAACACAUCCCGUAUCGCGAGUCGAAACUCACCCGGCUUUUGCAAGAUUCUUUGGGUGGUCGGACGAAGACAUGCAUCAUCACGACAGUGUCUGCUGCGACAUCGAAUCUCGACGAAACCAUUUCGUCUCUAGAUUAUGCUUUUCGCGCGAAGAACAUAAAAAACAAGCCGCAGAUCAGAUUGAUUCCGAAGAAGAUGCUGCUCAAAGAAUUCACCGUCGAAAUUGAGCGACUCAAGUCAGAGCUCACCGCUACGCGACAGCGCAAUGGCGUGUAUCUUACACAUGAAGCAUAUGAGAAGCUUAUGAAUGAAUCCGAGUCGGAUAGGAUUCUAGUCAAGGAGCAGUGCGAGAAGAUCCAAACACUCGAGUCCAAGCUCGCCCGAAAAGGACAGGACCUACUUGAACUCGCAAGUAAUUUCGACAUGUUGAAAAAGGACAGCGAAACCACCAAGGGAGCUCUUGAUAGUACAAAGUUCUUGCUGGAAGAGACGAGUGCGGCACUAGCACGCACAAGGCGCAUGCUCGAGGACGAAACUUCCAUCCGCCAACAGCACGAGCGCACUGAGCAGCAGCUCACGAGCCUCAACCAUGAGCUGACAACAACACUUGGCCAGUGUACCAUGGACAACACAGCCCUGCACCUGAAAUUGCGACGACAAUCGGAGCUGCAAGCCCAGAACCGGGAGCAGUAUCACGGAUUGCAGCUAGAUGUAGUGGACACGACAACGCUUGUCGAGGGUCGGCUCGCCAGGUUCCAAACGGAGCACCAAGGGCUUGUGAACGCGCUUUCAACGCGCAUGGAUAUAUUUGUCAAGGACGAGCUAGACGGUCUCGAUAUGGCGAGAACAGACCUCGAGAAGAAUGGUACUGCCUUCGAACGAUUGCACAGAGAAGUUGCGGCACAGACGACGCAGAGCAAGAACGAGCUGAGUGAGGUGCUGGACGAGGUCAAGACGCUUAGGGAAGAGCUCAAGGAGAAGAUCGGGGCAGGACUCAACGACCUGGGUGGAGCUGCGACACGUAUAUCAGAGGGUAUCAUGGCUGAAGUCGAGACCUUCCACUCGCAGCUGAACUCAUCUUACUCCCUCCUUGGCAUGGACCUCACGGCGGCCUUUGAAGACAUAUCGAAGGAGGUCAGGGAGCUGCGCGAAGAGAUGCAGCGGCUGCAGGAUGAGAUGGCUGAGGCGAACCAACAGCUGCAACGGAGUCAAACGCAAUCAGUUGACACGCUAUCGGAUCUCGUGGACAAAGAGAAGUCUGUUAGAGAGGAGGAGAAUAAGGAUUUGAUGCUCCGCAUCCAGAGCCUCAUCGAGGCUAACAUGCAGCAGCAAGCGCUGCGCAUUGGAGCGAUCGCUGACAUCUCUGCACAGCUCAGAUCUGCAGGACAAAGCCACUUUGCUGCUGGAGACUCGUUUGCAGAUGGUAGCGAGCAGCUUGCGGGACGAUCAAUCAGCUUCAGCGACAGAUUGAUCGAAUCCCGCGACAUGAUGAAGACACGGAUACAGAGCGAUUGUGUGACCGCAAGCAAGCACACGGAAAACCUCAAAGCCGUGACUACUUCCGUCCACGACGAGACUACUCGAAUAGUGAACGAGCAGGUCCAGCACCUGCACACGGAGAUGGGCGCCCUUGACACCAUUAUCGACAGCAUCCAGGAGCAGAACAACACCGCACAUGAUACCCGGGAGCGGACCUUUUCUGCGCUCGCCUCGAACGCUCAAGAAUCGUUUGCCAAUGUUGGCAGUGCCUUUAGCGCAUCAGUUGACCGCGUCAAAGUCAUUGGUAACGAUGUUGCGGAACAGACGGAUACGUUGCGCGAGAACUUGCCGCAGCUUGACAAGGAGGUGCAUAUUUGCGGACAGCUGGCAGGGCUGAGACAGCGCGUCGAGCACGGUCAGCUGGGAGAGUAUGUUCCCACAGGACAGACGCCAAGGCGCCGAGAAUACAGCUAUCCCACCGUGGUGCCAAAAACGAGCAACAGCACUUUAUUCGUGGAUCGCAUGCGCUCACAGCACGCGAAAGAUGAGCCUUCAUUCCAUGCGAGGCCUAGAAGUCCUAGCAAGACGCUUUUGUUCGUGGAUAGGUGCGGUGCCUCGAGGCAGCAGACGGAGAGCAGUAGUGUCAUGCCAGGCACGGCUGGUAGUGCCACAGCCCUCCGCCAGCUGGAUAUCAACACCAUACGCACUGACACGACAGAGAGCAAUACCGCUAGCACGAAAAACAUCGUGUCCCCGGAGGAAGGCGGCGCUUGCAGCAGCAUGCUUGCGCCCUCCCUCUCGCUCAAGCGGCUUAGCGACGUCAGCGCUUCGGCGGCAAGCAAGGUUCCCCUUAAGAAGCGCGGGCCGCGGAGCACCAUGGCGACCAACAGCGUGGCGCUGGCGGACAGCGAGAACCGGACGAUGCCGGAUCUGAGCGCGAGCAUGGGGCACGGCACGCGUCUCCACCCGCUGUUCUCUGCGCGCGCCAAAGAGCUCGAGCCGCCGGGCCCCUCACUGCCGGAGCUUGCUGUGGUGCUGUGUUUGGCACCUGUGGGCAACUCUGCGCGAUCUGCAGGCGAUUUCUGCGACCUGACCCUGGCAACAUACCUAAGGUUCCUCUUCGCACCGCAACCUGACGUGACACCCGAGAGUGAUCUGUUCGCCAGUGAAGAGCGCCCGAUUGACACGAACGGACGCACAACAGCCUGGAGCCUAGAAAGCAGAACAGACAGACAAGGUAUGCAGGCAUUCCCUGACGCAAGCCAACCAUUAACAGAGGAGGUCAUACAGAUGACUCUACAACUGCCAAGGCCUCGGCCUCUCAAGCGGUCAUACGCCUCGUUCCUUAAGGACUUCGUCGACCCAGUCCACCCGCAUCCCGGGUCUAUCCACACCUUUGUGUCCGAGUGGCUCGAGUCUGUUGGAUCAGACUGCGAGAAACACUGCCGGUCGGAUGGCCAUCUUCGCCAUUCAGACCACGACCCCGUCUCGAGGCAGCUCACGAGAUCGGCGCCGGAGAUAGGUUCCACACGGGAUGCCGAUGGCUUUCCAGUGCUGCCGACGCCGGCUUCCACCAGAUCGCGUACAUCCCGAGCAGAUUCAGGGGACGACUCCAACCGAUCGUCGGCUUCCAGCACAGCCAACGCUCGCAAUGCACGAUACCGUCAGACCAACCUACGAUUUAAUCACAUUCAUGUCCGACACCCGGCUUCACCGCUGCAGGACCUCGCUGCCGGUCACAUCGAUCCAAUUUGCGCUCAGCGGGACUCCCCUGGGCUCUCGUCCGAUGAACUGAACCAGGCAAUAUACCGAGUGGAUGCCCUUGCAGAAGGGUGUACCGAAGACCAGGUAGCUGACUUGCUUCAUGGCACGAUAAUUCCCAACCCCGAAGCAGACACAACAUAUGGGCCUGGCACGGGCUUGACGAGCAACUCCAACACGCACAUGGCCCAGCAUCUCAAUCCUAUUGCUCCCGCAAGUCCAUACCGAGUUACGCAACCCAAACCAGACAAGCUAUAUGGAUACUCAGAGAGGACGAUGGAGGCCUUUACCGAACCGCAACUCCUAGCCCAAACCAUGCUCCAUCCAAGGAACCCGGAUUACCCGACUGCUACGUCCCAGGGCCUCCGGUUUCCCUUCUUCGCCAUCGAAUUCAAAGCCGCUGGAGGUACGCGAGGUGACCUCUGGGUUGCCACAAACCAGUGUGCGGGCGCUUCAGCAGCCUGCCUCAACGCUGUCAGUCAACUCAACUGGGCGCUUCAAGAGUGUGAAAGCACGGAACGUGUCGACAACCUGUCCUACUGUUUAGCUGUAGACAACAAUCUUGCCAAAGUGUACAUCUCAUGGAGAGAAGACAAUCUGAGCUAUUACCUCCAACAGAUUGACACCUUUGUGCUCUCACGCCCCGAAGAAUUCAAGAACUUUCGCAAACAGGUGCGAAACAUUCUUGAUUGGGGGAAGGACGCGCGCCUGACGCAGAUUGGGGACGCCUUGGAUAUCAUUCUUGAGAGGAAAACAGGAAGAGCGCUUCCGAGGCGGCAAAGUCUCGCCCACCACCGUCUGAUGGUUCCGUAG